AUGACCUGUUCUAAUGGAAGUUGUCAAUGUUCUAAAAACCAGUAUUGGACAGAAUCUAAUUGUGCUGAACGAAAGGGUGUUGGUGAAACAUGUAAUACUGACAAUGAAUGUUUCAGUCCAAUGACUUGUGCAGAUGGGGCUUGUAAAUGCGCUACAAAUCAGUAUUGGACAGGAUCGUCUUGCACUGCACAGAAGAAUGUAAAUGCGGCCUGUACUGCAAACCGCGAAUGUAUCAGUCCCUUGGCUUGUUUAAGUGGAAGAUGUCAAUGUUCUUCAAAUCAGUUUUGGACAGGAUCAAAUUGUAAAACAAGAAAGGGUGUUGGUGAAACAUGUAAUACUGACAAUGAAUGUUUAAGUCCAAUGACUUGUGCAGAUGGAGCUUGUAAAUGCGCUACAAAUCAGUAUUGGACAGGAUCGUCUUGCACUGCACAGAAGAAUGUAAAUGCGGCCUGUACUGCUGACCGCGAAUGUAUCAGUCCCUUGGCUUGUUCAAGUGGAAGAUGUCAAUGUUCUUCAAAUCAGUUUUGGACAGGAUCAAAUUGUAUUGCAAGAAAGGGUGUUGGUGAAACAUGUAAUACUGACAAUGAAUGUUUAAGUCCAAUGACUUGUGCAGAUGGGGCUUGUAAAUGCGCUACAAAUCAGUAUUGGACAGGAUCGUCUUGCACUGCACAGAAGAAUGUAAAUGCGGCCUGUACUGCUGACCGCGAAUGUAUCAGUCCCUUGACUUGUUCAAGUGGAAGAUGUCAAUGUUCUUCAAAUCAGUUUUGGACAGGAUCAAAUUGUAUUGCAAGAAAGGGUGUUGGUGAAACAUGUAAUACUGACAAUGAAUGUUCAAGUCCAAUGACUUGUGCAGAUGGGGCUUGUAAAUGCGCUACAAAUCAGUAUUGGACAGGAUCGUCUUGCACUGCACAGAAGAAUGUAAAUGCGGCCUGUACUGCAAACCGCGAAUGUAUCAGUCCCUUGGCUUGUUUAAGUGGAAGAUGUCAAUGUUCUUCAAAUCAGUUUUGGACAGGAUCAAAUUGUAAAACAAGAAAGGGUGUUGGUGAAACAUGUAAUACUGACAAUGAAUGUUUAAGUCCAAUGACUUGUGCAGAUGGAGCUUGUAAAUGCGCUACAAAUCAGUAUUGGACAGGAUCGUCUUGCACUGCACAGAAGAAUGUAAAUGCGGCCUGUACUGCUGACCGCGAAUGUAUCAGUCCCUUGACUUGUUCAAGUGGAAGAUGUCAAUGUUCUUCAAAUCAGUUUUGGACAGGAUCAAAUUGUAUUGCAAAGAAGAAUGUGAAUGCGGCCUGUACUGCUGACAGCCAAUGUUUCAGUCCAAUGGAUUGUUCAAGUGGAAGAUGUCAAUGUUCUACAAAUCAGUAUUGGACAGGAUCAAAUUGUAUUGCACUGUCUAGUGUUCCAACAAGUGUCAUGCUUGGUAUGACAAGCAGAAGUAUUCAAAUAUCAUGGAGAAAACCAGUUGAUUCAAAAGGGACCAUAUUGGGAUACCGUUUAAGAGUUCUAUUAAAUAAUGAUUGUAGGGUCGAAGUAUUACUUGUUUGCAGUAUUUCGUGUUCCAAUGAGGAGUAA